GCGUGCUCGACGCGCCCCACCCAAGCAUCACUGCAUCAUUCGCGACCUUCUUGUUCCAUGCUCUGCUAGCGACCACCCACCAGCUGCCCUAGGUGGCCACAGCCAGGUGCCAUAAAACAAACGAAAUGCCUCGGCCGCCGCUCCGCGCCCGUGCGCGUCCGCAGCCCCCAGCCAAGCCAAGCGCGUCGCGGGGCCCCGCCCGGAGGCGGCCGCCGACGUCACCACCACCACCACCUCCUCCGCCGGCAGCACCCUCCCCGGCCGCAGAUGAUGGCGACAACACCAUCUCCGACGUCUCCGCCGACGCCGACGCCGACGCAGCGGGCCUCCCCGACCUGCCCCUCUUCAACACCACCUUCCACACCUACCGCGCCUCCCCCCUCCACGUCGGGCCGCAGCCCCUGACCGCCGACCGCCUGGCCCGCGUCGCCGCCUCGCUCCGCGACGCCCUGGUCGGCGACGUCGUGCGCGGCGUCCAGGACGACGACGACGACGACGACGGCGACGGCGGGCGGCAAAGGCGCGGCCUGCUCCUGACGCUGCGGUACGAGGCCGGCCGCUGCGAGGCGCUUUUCCUCCCGCCCGCCACCGCCGCCGCCGACGACGACGACGGCAACGACGACCCCUCCUCCUCGUCCCCGCCUGGGUUCCUGCGCCUGCCCCUGGUCCUGGUGCGCAUGCCGCCCGCGCUCCGCGCCGCCGUGCUCGGCUUCCUGGCCCGCGAGUUCGACUGCCGCUUCAGCCCCCUCGCGCUGCCCGGGCCGGUCCUGCUGGCCGCGUGGGAGGGUUGGGUGCGCGAUGUGGGCCUAGGCGGCGAUGACGAGGCUGUUGCUGCUGCUGCUGCUGCUGCGUCCCCCGCGCUGAGAAAAGACGUCAUCCUCACCCUUGCCUUCCACUUGCCCUCUCCCGCAACCGGCGGCGGCGGCCCCGACGCGGAGAAGCAGGAACAGCAGCAGGGCGCCCCCGGCCUCAGGUCCCUCGACCUCACCCUCCCGGCGACCGACGUGGCCCGUUUCGUCGCAAGCGGGAAGGAUGUGCUCGAGGAGGAGGAGGAGGAGGAGGAGGAGAAGUCGGGGCAAGGCGCCCCCACCCCAGGACCCUUCACCGCCGCGCUCGCGCGGUACCUCGGGCACCACCUCGCCCUCGACGUGCACCACGGCGCCGUGCAAGUCGUGCGCGUGUCCUGCGGCGCCUUUGUCCUCUCCGAGGGCAGGUUGAAGCUGUUCAGGCCCGCAGCCGGCGGCGGCACCGAGGAGGAGGAGGGCGGCGGCGGCGGCCGGAGCAGGGAGGCCGAGGCGCUGCGCAACCUGCUGCUCAGGCUGUGCGCACGCCACUCCGUCGUUGAUGCUACCUGAAAGGAGCGGGGGCGUCGAGGAUCGGUACAUCGGUUCUUUUGAAAUGACCCCAAACGGCCCCAGGUGGCACCGAAAUCACAGUCGAAUAUUCGGCCCUGCACAGACCCUUUGUUGUUCUCAACGCUGUGUCAAAAGAUGCGGAAAUGGCAGCGGGUAUCUGUUUUCUACCCUGGCCGGCAGUGCGACACCUUUCCAGCGGGUAUUGACCCUAGCCAGCAGCACCAUGGACGACUUUCAGGGGUCCCCGUACUCUACCCAAUCCGCAGGCCUCCCAGCGCCCGCGGUCCCUACCACAGCCACGAGCUACUGGGUACAUACAAGACCACGGCUGGAGAUCAACUCGGCCACCUGUGAUGAGAGAGGUGAGCGCGCACACGCUCGCCGGCGCCAAGGCAGUCAGGCCCUCUCAGUCAGCGGGGAUAGUGCCUUUUGCGCACCCACCCCGGCUUGCUUUAUUGUGACCACCCUCUCAGUUGGUAACAGGCUUCUGGGUAGAUGAGAGUCCAAUAUGACAUUCAUCCCCAACUGUCUCUGGAAAUGGUGAUAGAUCACCCGCACUACAUCAUGAACACCAUGCCACUAAACCGGUAAAACCCCUCAAACGCUUGCCAUGGUCAUUGUUAUCACAAAGCAGAGAAGAUUCAAUGGUGUAGUUAGGAAUAUUUAAACAAAUCUUAGUCAUGUCCUCGAGCCGCUGUGUUCGGCAACAUGACCUUGCGGGCAGGUGCA